AUGGCGCCGAGCACGAUGACGGAAAUUAGAGACCAAUCGAUUCCACGCGUCCUGCUCGCCGUCAAGGCCUAUCAGCAAGGCCAAUUCGACAGUACCCACAAGGCCACGACGGCAUAUGAUGUCCCUCAGUCGACAGUAUCUGGUCGACUGCGUGAGACUGCCCUCGUACAAUGGGUCCUGCCGAUGGACGAGCGAGGGAUGCCGCUGACACGCGGCCAAGAAACUGUCGGCGAGAAUUGGGUGCGGAAAUGCGAAGAUCCGAAGACGAUCCAAGAAUGGUACGAUCGAGUGGCAAUGGCGAAGCAGAAAUGGGGGAUUCUUGACGAGGAUGUCUACAACUUCGAUGAGACGGGGUUUCAAAUGGGAGUCAUUGCGACGGCAAGACCAGGAAAUCGAGAAUGGGUUACGGUGAUUGAGUCUAUCAAUUGCCAAGGUUGGGCUUUGCCGGCGAUGGUCAUCUUCCAGGGCAAGGUGCACAAAGCAAGCUGGUACAAAGCAGUUUUCGACCCAUACACACGGCGCCGUACGGUUGGAACACGUCGACUUCUCAUUCUCGACGGGCACGGCAGCCAUGUUACGCCGGAAUUUGACAAGUACUGUACGGAUAAUGCCAUUGUGGUACUCCAAAUGCCAGCUCAUUCCUCACAUCUCUUACAGCCUCUGGAUGUCGGGGUCAACCACAUCGAGAAAGAGGACUUCCUGCCUCUAUACGUCGAGGCCCGCCGACAAGCACUCUCCCGUCGAACAUCCGAAGUGGAUUCAUGGCCACAGGCCUUUCCCAUUCAAUCUGACCCGGGUUCUGUCACGGUUACGCGUUCAGGUUGA